GUCGUACGCGGGCAGCAGGCGGUUCUUGGCUGAGCCACGAGGCUAAUCAGACUUGGAGUGAAGGAUUGCAUUGGUUCUAACCGUCAGAGCUCUCACCGUGGCCAGCCAACUCACACUCGUGAGCCCUUAGCAGCGUUGUAAGACGUUGGUAGCUGAUCGAGACUGUAGUAUAUGUACUGUGGCAUCGUAUGACGCUUUUUCUGUGGCGAGCUUCGCGCACAGAAACAGUAGAGUUCCGUAUCUUUCCUCAUGCACAUGCAGUCUUGUUUAGAGCUUCACCAUCCCGAUGUAGGUUUCACGAGGUGUUCGCGGACAUCACCUCUCGCCGUGUCGAUCAAGCAGGAGAACGGACUAAUUGAGACUGGCUAUCCACCCACUGCUGCCCUUGGCUCACCACUCUCAUCGGGCUCUAGCACAGGGUCGGGGAGUUUUUAUGGUGGCCAACACUGCUAUUUUUCGGGAAAAAACUUGGACUCCUUAAAUACAGUCCCCAGGCUUGGAGUUCUCGGAAAUCCAUCGUCCAUGUAUUCGAAAGCAGCACUAGUAUGGUCUCCUACUCCGGACACCUAUGGUAAGUCAACAGGGCUGUCUUCGUCCUCCUCAGCUGCCCCUGUGCGCCCGGUGUCACCCUCGUCAGGUCUCGUGCACUGGAUGUCCAUGAUGGCUGAUCAUGCUCACAUGAAUAUGCCCGCGCACCCUUCGCCUCAUGAUGUUCACUACAUGUGGAAUGGAGUUGAGGUAAAGUUUAAUUUACUUUUAAUUUGGGAGAAAAAUCUGUGUUUGCUUUCGUAUUUGAAUGUUUUGUUUUAGACUCUUGCGUGUCAAGAAACACUGCUGUUCACUGAAUAGUGUCUAAAGCUUCAUACUUUCAGGUUACGUAUCCGUAUCCAGGUUUAGGGGCAAUGCAUACAAGUUAGU